GCAAAUUUAGAAAACAAACCGGUAAAUGGCCGCAGACCAGAACUCAUGGAAUGCAGCAUAUGUGGUCAUGGUGAAAAAUACAGGGUGAAAACCAACCAUGCAGUACCCAUUGAAAAUGUGCAGUGCAAGGAGAAAGAAGGAAUGACAGGCUUACAAGCAGAGGAGUGGGCACGGAACGAGAAGGCGUCUUUCGGCGUGCGUGUCAAUGGCGAGAUCCACGCAGCAGUGGUGGGCGCCGAACACUCGAACCACGGCGACGACUCAGGAGGAACAGGCUCUCCCAGUCAGUUAGCUGAGCCAAAAAAAUCAUUUGCACAGACCAUCAAAAAUGGCAUAAAACCCCUACAUUAUUCACCACCAGAAACAGUUGCUUCCUUGAAAAAUGUACCCGUAGAGGAAAGUACAGAUUUGACGAGCAGCUUCCAUGUGCAAUGGAUGAAGGGCACCAAUCUGAAUAAGGUAGCGAAUGCUCUGACAACUGGCAUUGGGUGUGUUCACCCAGAAAAUCAAGGAAAUGUUUUAAUGAAAGAGGAAAACUGCACUUGCAGCAUCUCUGAUGGUUCUGAUAAGUCAGUUUUGCAGACAAGUUCCAUUUUGGAUCUGCAGGAAAACUUACGUUGUCCUCCACUGCCUGAGGAGGAACUGCAGGCAGGGAAGGAUGACUUUAAAUUACCUAAUGUGGAGACACAGCCUGAGGAAUCUGCACUCCAGACGACUUUCUUGUCCCUGAUUAAAACCAGAAAUUUGACUGUGGAACAAGUUGUGGCUAUUGAAGCUUUAACACAGUUGUCUGAAGUCCCUUUAGAAACAUCUUCGCCAGCUAAAACUGGAAGUACUGAAUGUAGGGGAGAAACAACCUCCAGCUUGCUUCAUAGUUUUAAAAGGGAUAUCUCGUCCUCCUUCACAUCAUCUGCUUUAAAAGAAAUCAAAGACACUUACUUGCAGAAUGAGCAACAGCUCUUGGCUCACUGUGCUCACUCACAGAAGCAGCUCUGUAAUAAGGCAGUGCUGUACAACGGUCAAAGUUCAGUGUCUGAACUGCAUGAUAAACCUGCCAGUCUGGCUGGGGAAAGCUAUAGAUUACAGUUACCCUCAAGAGAUACCAAAACUUUAUCUGACUUAGCAUCUAAUGCAACAUUGUUUUCAGGAUAUGCUACCAAGAAUUGUGCUCACCAUCCAGGUGCCCUUGCACAGUAUUGCAAUGCUUCCCUUAACACCCAGCAAACAAGGAAUGACUUGGAAAUUCUCAACCAGUUAGAGCAGAAGCCAACCUGCAAUGAUUUGAACUUGAAAGCUAGUUCUUUGACUAAAGAAGGAGGAAUUCACAGCCAGGAUGAAGAGGAUGUAGCUGCACAACUAACUCAACUUGCAGCGCUGAUUGAAUCAAAGCAGGAAAAUUCAGAGCAGAAGAAAGACAUAAAGACAUCACUGCUCAACCUGAUAUCACACGAGAGGCAGCCAAAAUGUAAGCAAGAUGUGUUGCAGAAAAAAGAAUCCGUAUUUUUUAGGCAUAAUUAUAGUUCCUUAUUGUUAAAGCAAAAACAAGCGACAAGUAAGAAAGGAAAUGCUGUGCCGUGGAAACCAAGACACAAAAAGAAGCCUCAAGAAACAUGUUAUCAACAGAAUAAUCAAAACCAGCUAGAGCUGUUGCCGUGCCAGCACAGCGAGUUGCAGGACAUUUGGAUAUCAUCAAAACUUCACAAGCUUGGUCAAACCAUGCCACAGGACUCCCGAGCCGCUCCGUCUGAAAAAAAGUCUCCAAGAACCAAAGCACAGAGAGCACUUGGUCAAAAUACUUUAACAUCACAAGAAAAAGCUAGGCUGUUUCUCCCCCAAACGCAGAUAAAAUUCCACAGGUGUUUACCUGAGGCACAGCAAGAGAAAGAAAAAGACAGGUUGUUUGGCUGCCAAGUGGUAAAUGAGCAAACGAGAAGUGCAGGCUCCGGUGACUCCCUGCAAAAUGAAGUUGUUGUGCAUAGCCAGCAUAGCGACUCGUCCUCCUGUCAUCCUCUGGCUGUGUCCCAGCUGAGAGCAGCAUCCUUGUUGAACAGACCAAUUGAAAACCUACCCAUGUUUACAGAAAAAUGUCAUUCUCAGGUACAGCAAACAGCAAGCGUCUGCCAGGCGCAUCCUUUGCCUCCGACUGGCAGUCAGUCUAACCCGAGAGCUCAUGACACGCGUGGGGAAGACACAGCCUAUGUCCAGCAGGUCACACAGCUGGUAGACCCAAAGUCACAGGUGGUGCCUGUUCCCUGUGGUGGGGCACAGGUGCCAGGAUCUGCUGAAGCUCUCAGGAACAUGGAGUGUGCGGGCAAGGCGACCAUUCUGACAUCAACCAGUUUGGGUACUGACCACCCACAGAGCACGGGCGACUCAGGGUGUUCUCCUGCAAAAAACACGCUCAGCAGUUUCCUUGAAUCACCUAUGAAAUUUCUUGAUACCCCUACAAAAAAUUUAAUAGACACACCUACAAAAAAAGGCCAGUCUGAACUGCCAACCUGUAACUGUGUUGAGCAAAUUAUAGAGAAAGAUGAAGGCCCCUAUUACACACACCUCGGGACAGGACCGAGUGUUGCUGCUGUGAGAGAAAUAAUGGAGAACAGGUAUGGAGCAAAAGGAAGUGCUGUAAGAAUUGAGGUGGUGGUUUAUACAGGAAAGGAAGGAAAAAGCUCUCAGGGGUGUCCAAUUGCCAAGUGGGUGAUACGAAGAAGUAGCGACGAGGAGAAGUUGCUGUGCUUGGUACGUCAGCGUGCAGGACACCACUGCCAAACUGCCGUCAUCGUGAUCCUCAUCCUGGCCUGGGAGGGGAUCCCUCACCUGCUGGCAGACACGCUGUACAAGGAGCUGACGCAGAGCCUGCGCAAGUACGGCUGUCCCACCAGCCGCCGCUGCGCGCUCAACGAGGAUCGUACUUGUGCAUGUCAAGGACUUGACCCAGAAACUUGUGGAGCAUCAUUCUCAUUUGGCUGUUCAUGGAGUAUGUAUUUCAAUGGCUGUAAGUUUGCCAGGAGCAAAAAUCCCAGGAAAUUUAGGCUUCUCACUGAUGACCCUAAACAAGAGGAACUUCUUGAGAAUAACUUGCAAACGUUGGCUACUGACGUGGCUCCGGUUUACAAGCAGCUUGCUCCGGAGGCUUUCCAGAACCAGGUGGAGAAUGAGCACAUGGGCCCCGACUGCCGGCUGGGCUCCAGGGAUGGGAGGCCUUUCUCUGGCGUCACGGCCUGCAUCGAUUUCUGUGCCCAUGCCCACAAGGACACACACAACAUGCACAAUGGGAGCACUGUGGUCUGCACCUUGACGAAGGAAGAUAACCGCAGAGUGGGUGUGAUUCCCAGCGACGAGCAGCUCCACGUGUUGCCUCUGUACAAAAUCUCACAGACCGACGAGUUCGGCACUAGGGAGGGCCUGGAAGCCAAGAUAAAAGCCGGAGCCAUACAGGUGCUCACAGCGUUCCCCAGAGAAGUGCGUAUGCUAGCUGAGCCUCUCAGGGCUACGAAGAAAAAGAAAUCAGACACAAGGAGGACCCCAAAUGAAAAACAGCCAUUGAUAGAUAAAAAAUACUCAACACCUGUAAAGCUGAAAACUGAAGCCCCAGAAAACCUUGGCGACAGUUUGCAUUGUUUAGGGAACAAAGAAGAUGCUUUAAAACCUGGAAUAAAAAUGGAGACUGCUGAGCACCUCUAUGCCGUGAAACAUACUUCAAACACUACUAAAAGUUGCUCCUUAUUAAAACAGUACACAGCUUCCUCCCCAUUUAAGGUGGAUGGCUUACAUCCUUACCCACCCCUGGUGCACAAGCCUGGCCUAACAGCAGUGACGAGUGUCCCCCAAGAGUUUUCAGUUCCGUACGGGUAUUUCGAAUGCAGUGCCAAGCAACCUCACGUGGCACCUUACGUUACCUGCAAGGACUUUGAUGUAUCGGUCAAAGACUAUCCUGGAAUUCUGCUGAACGAUAAGAUGAACGGUGUGCCACCGAUUCUGCCUGAGGUCACUGCUCCAGGCCCUCCAGCCCCCAAAGACCCCCUGCCCAUUAUACUUGAACAUCAGCCAGACAGACAGAACUGUCAGCUUCAGUCAGACAGUUCUCCUUCACAGAUGAUCAGGUCUUGUGACUCGUCGGUGCCGCCGAGCUCCGCGGCAGAGGACGCGCUCAGAAACGCCGCCGACGGUUCCCACGGGUGCCCGGAGGAAAAGGGCAGCGCCCGUCGAGGACAGCCGCGUGAUCUGGACUGUGCUGAUGAAAAGCAAACCGGUGCGCUGGGACAGAUGGCUGAUUCUGAAGAAAAGGCUGAGGAGUUGUGGUCAGACAGCGAGCACAAUUUUUUGGACGAUGACAUUGGUGGAGUUGCUGUGGCACCUUCUCAUGGUUCUAUCUUAAUUGAAUGUGCCAGGCGUGAGCUCCAUGCUACCACACCAAUUAAAAAACCCAACCGCAAUCACCCCACGAGGAUUUCUUUAGUUUUCUACCAACACAAAAAUCUGAACGAGCCAAAACAUGGCUUAGCCAUGUGGGAAGCAAAGAUGGCUGAGAGGGCAAAAGAAAAAGAAGCCGAGAGAGUAGGAAUGGAGAAUACAGAACUGAACUCUAGCAACAAGAAAGCAAAGCAACCAAGUGAAAACAGAGAUAUUUUUUACGAAGAGAACGAGUUCAACCAAAUUCCAUCCCGCAGAUCAUUAACGGUAACGAAGGACAACGUAAUCACAGUAUCUUCGUACGCCCUGACACGAGUGGCAGGGCCCUACAACCACUGGGCAUAG